AUGCGGGCACUCGUGGCCGUGAAACGGGUGGUGGACUAUGCCGUGAAGGUCCGUGUGAAGCCGGACAAAACCGGUAUCGACUUGAACAACGUGAAGAUGUCCAUGAACCCGUUCUGUGAGAUUGCGGUCGAGGAGGGAUUGAGACUAAAAGAGAAGGGGCACAUCUCCGAGCUGAUUGCAGUCUCCUGCGGGCCUGACAAGGCCUCCGAGACCCUGCGACAAGCUCUGGCGAUGGGUGCUGACCGAGCAGUCCAUUUGAAGAC